CAGUUCGCUGCGCAGAUUACCAACCUCCAUGCAGUCCACUGCCGGCGUUCAGCCUACAAUCACAUGUGCAAUCCGUUGCGUAGUCCACCCUCUGUCCUGCAGUCCACUGUUCGCUGCGCAGAUCAGCAUCCCCUGUGCAGUCCGCUGCCCGCUGCGCAAACUCCCAAUGCGCUUUCUGGGAGCGGCUGUCUCCCAGAGUCUCCCACAGUCUUGAUGUCAUAGUGAAAGUGAAUCGCGCAUGUCGCUGCUGCUCCACUUUCUCUCUCCCACCAGAGACUCUUUCUCCUUGAUUCGAUUUGCUCCGUGAAUCAUCACGUUUGGUCUGUGAACAUCUCCGCCAUGGACGCCCAAAAAGAGGCCCUGCACAGGAUAAUCACUACAUUAGCCAAAAGAAAGGAGGAACUCCACACUUUCAUUGAAACACUCAGGUAUUCCCUAACAAGUCUGCAGAGCAACACCUCGCAAGUGCUGUCUGAUCUGGAAGAAGAGUUUGACACAUUAUUUUCCAUGCUGUACGAGAUGAAAGACAGCAUGACCGGCACAGUCAAACAGGAGCAGACUCGGAAGAUGCAGGAGCUGCAGAAUCAGCUGACUCAGAGCAGCAGUGCCUUGGAGAGCUCGGAGGAGCUGUUAGCCUUCGCCAACAAUGCAAUGCUCAUCCGAGAUGGAGAAGACUUCAUGAAGGCCGCCAAACACAUCAGAGAUAGGGUGACUGUGGCUCCAGCGUUUCGUCACACCAUGAAGCUGAAAGCUACAGCGAACAUGUCUUACCUGACGGUUGAUUUCUCUGAAGAGAGACGAAUGCUGGAAAAGCUUAGCUUUCUGCCCGUGCCCAGAGCACCAGAGAUUGAUGUGACGGGCUGCCUUGUUACCGACAACACAGUGACAGUUGCAUGGAGAAUGCCAGUGGAAGACAGCAAGAUCGAUCACUAUAUUCUGGAGUAUCGGAAAACAAAUCACGAAGGACUGCCUAGAGUGAAAGACGAAUACUGCUGGGAGGUGGCGGAUAAUGUGAAAGUUACAAAAUUCACACUGACAGGGUUAAUAUUUGAUUCUGAGUUCAUGAACUUCCGUAUACGAGCAUGUAACAAGGCUGCAGUUGGGGACUACUCUGAUCCCGUCACCUUAGAGACAAGAGCUUUUAAUUUCAACUUGGAUGCCACAUCCUCACACCUCAACCUGAAAGUCGAGGACCAAAGAGUUGAAUGGGAUCCACAGUCUGGCAAACUGGAAAGCAAGGUUAAGGGCAAAGAGAACAAGGGCGGUGGUGGAACAGCAUCUCCCAGCAGAACUAGGCCUACCUCACGAGCACCUGCAGCCAGGGGAAGAGACCGGUUUACAGGAGAGUCUUACACAGUACUGGGUGACAAAAGUAUUUCCAGUGGACAGCACUAUUGGGAAGUGAAGGCAAUGAAGGACUAUAAGUCUUAUAGCGUGGGAGUGGCCUACAAGAACUUCGGCAAGUUUGACCAGCUGGGAAAGACGAACACUUCAUGGUGUGUCCAUGUCAACAACUGGCUACAGACAUCUUUAGCUGCCAAGCACAACAACAAGACGAAAAGUCUUGAAGUCCCGGUUCCGGAUGGGAUUGGCGUCUACUGCGAUUUCGACAGAGGUCAGCUGUCCUUCUACAAUGCAGAAAAUAAACAGUUACUCCACACAUUCAAGACUAAAUUCAUCCAGCCUGUUAUACCCGCCUUUAUGGUGUGGUGUGGAGCGCUGGCGCUCUCCGCAGGCCUGCAGGUUCCCAGUAUCAUUGGGGGCUUCCAGAAGACUGACAAGGGCUCAGAGGCUCCAGCAGCCACUGUGGCACCAAGAAUUAGCUGACAGCCUUUGGAAUCUUACUUCCUAAAUACCCAUUUUGUCAGGUUUUGACAUCCUGAGUGGUACAAAUGAGAGCAGUGUAAUGUUAUCUAAUGAAUGAGAGAGUAUAGAGUAAGAUGGAGCUUAAGAAAGAGCUAUUUUUUACAGUUUGUGAAUCAACCAGCCUUUGUGUAUUUGUAUUAUUUAUACUGCAUAAACAGUAAGUCUUUUUCAGUGUAUGUGUGUGUGUGUUAUGUACAGUAUACAUUACAUUUUGGGGACAUUAAUGUGAUAAAAAAAAAACCUUUUAUAUUUUUUGGUCCCCACAAAGAGAAACCUAAUUUUAUACAAAUCUGUGACUGCAAUGAAAAAACUAACAAUCAAAAGUCUUGUACUUUGGUUACUUAUGGUUAAGUUUAGGGCUGGGUAGGGGUUAAGGUUGACAUUGUUGGAAUUAGGAUUUUUCCAAAAGAAAUGAAUAGACAGUCUCCACAAAGAUAUGAAUACAAAUGUGUGUGUGCGUGUGUGUGUGUGCACGCAUGCAUGUGUGUGUGUGUGUGUGUGCAUGUGUGUGUGCCUGCUGAGAGAUUGAAUUUGGUAUGCGAGUUUCCUAGAUGCUCCACUCCAUUACCUCAACAGUAUCCAGAUACUGUACUCAGUAUUUGAAGAUAUGUUAAAAGAGUUUCUCUGGAUGUUCUGCUCCAUCACUACAGCAGUACUCAGGUACUGUACUCAGUAUUUCACCAGACAGUCUUCAUUCUGGCUGGAACAAACUGCAGUCAUCAUAGAAGAUCAGUAAGCCAACAUUUUGACAUUUAUAUGUUUCUUUUUUUGUUGUGCUUGCAUGAUCCAUGACCUGAAACUCUCACAAUUUUUCUUGAAGCACAAAUAUGAAUGUGCCUUAUAGAAUAUGAGCCUUUGGACUGAGGGCUGUUGAGCAGAUUUUUAUCAAUCACAGAGUUCCCAAUAAUUAUUAAAAUGUUGUAUAAACCUCAGGAGAAUUAAUAAGUAUUGUAUUUAAUUCCAAAUAAAUAAUUAUAAUUUAUGCCAUAACAGAA